CUACCGUCUCCCGCACCAUUACAGUACACCACCCACACCCACACACACCAGCUGAAGCAAAGCGCCCCCUCGCUCCCACAAGCUCAAGCCUCCUCUCUCGGCUCCAAUGGCGCGCUUCCAGCUCGCGGCCUUGGCCAUGGCCAUGCUCUUCGCCGCCGCCGCGGCGCAGGCCCCGGCCGCCACCCCGACGCCGGCCCCCAAGGCGUCUCCCCCGCCGGCGAUUCCUCCGCCGACCCCGGCGCCGGUGUCCGCCCCGCCCGUCCCGCCCCCGACGCUGCCUCCUCCGGCCAUGGCGCCCGCCCCCAAGGCCCCUGCCCCAGCGCCCGAGGCCCCCGCGCCGGCGCCCAAGGCCGAUGCCCCGACUCCCGACGUGAGCUCCCCGCCGAUGCCCUCGGAGGGCCCCGCCCCGUCGCCCGCCGCCGAGGCUCCCCCGGCCCCCAGCGCAGCCGCCAGCGUCUCCCCCAAGUGGUUCGCCGCCGCCGCAGCCGUGGCCGCCGCCGCCGCCGCCUUCUACUGAGAGAGCGACAGAUCUGCACUGCACCUUCCCGUGCUGUAAUUUAUUGUUACCAUCCGUGUUGAGAGCCGUUGAUUCCAUUUUUUUUUUUUUGCUUUCAUCGAGAUUCCAUUCGGCAUUCGAUUCUCAGUAGGACUACUGGCAUCUGCUGUUCGUGUUACCACUACAGUUGUAGGAUUGUGGCUUGGACAGAUUGGUUGGUUGGCUGGCCUGGUGGUGUUGUGCUCCAUUUGUAUAAUACCCUGUUGAUUUUCUUUCAGCAUCUUCCUCA